UCUCUUCCUUCCUCCCUCCCUCUCUCCCUCCCUCUCUCUCUCCCUCCCUCCUUCCUUCUCUUUUACUCGGAGACAGUCAGAACUCUCCUCCCUGACAGCCACAAACCUACAGCAUUCAGAGAGGGAACCUGCAAACAAAACUUCACAGAAAACUUUUUGCUCUUGUUCCAGAGAAUUUGCUGAAGAGGAGAAGGAAAAAAAAAAGUCCAAAAGAACCUGUGCGUGAGGGGGGAGGAAAAGCAGGGCCUUUUGAAGGCAACCACACGACUUUUGCUGCCAGGAUGCCCUUGCUUUGGCUGAGAGGAUUUCUGUUGGCAAGUUGCUGGAUUAUAGUGAGGAGUUCCCCCACCCCAGGAUCCGAGGGGCACGGCGCAGCCCCGGACUGCCCGUCCUGUGCGCUGGCCACCCUUCCGAAGGAUGGACCUAACUCUCAGCCAGAGAUGGUAGAGGCUGUCAAGAAACACAUCUUAAACAUGCUGCACUUAAAGAAGAGACCCGAUGUCACCCAGCCGGUGCCCAAGGCGGCGCUUCUCAACGCGAUCAGAAAGCUUCAUGUGGGUAAAGUGGGGGAGAACGGGUAUGUGGAGAUAGAGGACGACAUUGGCAGGAGGGCCGAAAUGAAUGAACUCAUGGAGCAGACCUCGGAGAUCAUCACCUUUGCCGAGUCAGGCACAGCCAGGAAGACACUGCAUUUUGAGAUUUCCAAGGAAGGCAGUGACCUAUCAGUAGUGGAGCGUGCAGAAAUCUGGCUCUUCUUGAAAGUCCCUAAGGCCAACAGGACCAGGACCAAAGUCACCAUCCGUCUGUUUCAGCAGCAGAAGCACCCACAGGGCAGCUUGGACAUGGGGGAUGAGGCAGAGGAAAUGGGCUUAAAGGGGGAGAGGAGUGAACUGUUGCUAUCAGAGAAAGUGGUCGAUGCUCGGAAGAGUACCUGGCACAUCUUUCCAGUGUCUAGCAGCAUCCAGCGCCUGCUGGACCAGGGAAAGAGUUCCCUGGAUGUGCGGAUUGCUUGUGAGCAGUGCCAGGAGAGUGGUGCCAGCCUCGUGCUCCUGGGCAAGAAGAAGAAGAAAGAAGUGGAUGGAGAUGGGAAGAAGAAAGAGGGAAGUGAUGGAGCAGCCGAAGAGGAAAAGGAACAAUCACACAGACCUUUCCUCAUGCUGCAGGCUAGGCAGUCCGAAGACCAUCCUCACCGCAGGCGCAGGAGGGGCUUGGAGUGUGAUGGCAAGGUCAACAUCUGCUGUAAGAAACAGUUCUUUGUCAGCUUCAAGGACAUUGGCUGGAAUGACUGGAUCAUUGCUCCCUCUGGCUAUCAUGCCAACUAUUGUGAGGGUGAGUGCCCAAGCCACAUAGCAGGCACCUCUGGGUCCUCACUCUCCUUUCACUCAACAGUCAUCAACCACUACCGCAUGAGGGGUCAUAGCCCCUUUGCCAACCUUAAGUCAUGUUGUGUGCCCACCAAGCUGAGACCCAUGUCCAUGCUAUAUUAUGAUGAUGGUCAAAACAUCAUCAAAAAGGACAUUCAGAACAUGAUUGUGGAGGAAUGUGGCUGCUCAUAGAGUUGCCAGCUCCCAGAGGAUAUGGAUCUAGAAAGUCCAGAGAAGACAGUGGCAAAAUGAAGAAAAAUAUAAGAUAUCUGAAUUAAACAAAACAACCAGAAAAAUAGAAAUAAAAAAACCCACAAAAACAAAAACUAAACUGAGAACAAACCUAAUGAAACAGAUGAAGGAAGUUGUGGAAAAAAUAUCCUAAGCCAGGGCUCAGAGAUGAAGCAGUGAAGGAAACAGGGAUUGGGAGGAAAAGAGAGAAUGGUGUACCCUUCAUUUCUUCCAAAACCAAACUGAUUGUAUCAGUUUUAUCCAAACUGGGUAUUGUCCUCUCUCCUGCCUCUUGUGGUUCCCUUUUGAGCCUGGAAGUCUACUUGUCUAUUCUGCAGUAAUAUGGGCUAGCACAACCCAAAUAACGUCUAGAAAGCCAUGAGUUUUAAAGGGCCAGUCCCACCCAGUUACCCAGGUCAUAAGUAUGUCUAUGUGACACUAUCUCUGUGUAUUUUAGCUGCAGGCAUGUGUGUGUGAGUGCACACACACAUGCACAGGCACACACACAGAUACAAACACACACAGACACACACACACACACACACAGAGGUAUUUCCAUACACCACAUGCAUACACAUACUGGUAAAAGAAGAAUUCUGUGCCGGUGGUCACAUUUUCUUUUCUGUACCACUUAUGCCACAAGGCAAAAUCAACAUAAAACAUUGAACAAGAACGGAAAGAGUGAAAGAUCAAGGAAAAAGAAUACCAAGUUACAUUUCGUUAAGGUGCUUAUGAUCUUAGAACUAUGCAACCUAAUAGGUUUGAAACUGUUUACCUGAAAGAGGACAAAAAGAGAGACUUUUUUGUAUUGGAAGUAACCUGAUUAAUUUUUAUUUUCUUCAAGGAGAGAUACUUGAAAGGAAUAUGUUUGUCCAUCUGUUGGAUUCAAACAUUUCUAUAUUUUGUAAAUGUUGUUUUUUUUAUCGUUUACUAUUUGCACUACAAUGGUGUUUGACCUGUCUAAUCCUUAUUUAACAAGUAUUUUCUUUG